CGCCGGAGCCGCGGGCAGCAGCGUCACGGUCGGACCCGGCCACUGCGCGGUACUGUGAGAAAAAGCUACCGCCAGGUGGACGCGCCGCCGCCGCCGCCGCCACCGCCGCAGCAUCAUGGGGAAGGGCGACCCCAACAAGCCGCGGGGCAAGAUGUCCUCGUACGCCUUCUUCGUGCAGACCUGGCGGGAGGAGCACAAGAAGAAACACCCCGACUCCUCGGCCAACUUCGCCCAGUUCUCCAAGAAAUGUCCCGAGAGAUGGAAGACCAUGUCUGCCAAGGAAAAAUCCAAGUUUGGAGAUAUGGCAAAAAGUGACAAAGCUCGCUGUGACAGGGAGAUGAAAAAUUAUGUUCCUUCCAAAGGUGACAAGAAGGGAAAGAAAAAAGAUCCCAAUGCGCCUAAAAGGCCUCCAUCUACCUUCUUCCGGUUUUGCUCCGAACAUCGCCCAAAGAUCAAAAGUGAACACCCUGGCUUAUCCAUUGGAGAUACUGCAAAAAAAGUGGGUGAAAUGUGGUCUGAGCAGUCAGCCAAAGGUAAACAACCCUAUGAACAAAAAGCAGCUAAGCUAAAGGAGAAAUAUGAAAAGGAUAUUGCCGCAUACCGUGCCAAGGGCGAGAGUGAAGCGGGAAAGAAGGGCCCUGGCAGGCCAACAGGCUCCAAGAAGAAUGAACCAGAAGAUGAGGAGGAAGAGGAAGAUGAAGAUGAGGAGGAAGAGGAUGAAGAUGGGGAAUAA